AAUGUGUUAUGCAACGUGCAACCUGUAGUACCCGUGAAAGGCACUUAGUAACUACAUCAAAAAAAUCAAAAAUUUUCCUUCCACUAAUCGUACUAUUUUAUACUAAUAUAAUAAAUAAUAAUACUCGGUUAAAAUUAUUACAUUUUUGCCUUUUUAAAUACAAAAUGUUGCCAAGCAUGUUUUUGUGUACAAUUGUGUGUGCUGCAAUCGCCGUCGCAAAGGCGUCAAACAUUUUAGUGUUUAUGCCGAUGCCGUUUAGAAGCCAUUUUCGUGGAUUUCAACCAUUGUUCGAAGAGCUGUCACGUAGAGGACACAAUGUAACCGUAGUGACUUCUUACCCUGAAAAUCGUCAGAUUGCCAACUACACGGAAAUAGGACCAUUUAUUUCCAAAGGACAUGAAAGAAAUGUUACGGAAAUGAUGCACAAGAACUUUGUGACGUCGGCUUUGUCGGUAUGGAAACUCGGCGAAAUAUUAACUGAAGUCUUGAAACAUAAAUCAAUGGUAGACUUCCUCCAAACGAAUUCCGACUCAUUCGAUUUAGUUAUAAUAGAAUCGUGCUGUCAAGAAUAUACUGUGGUCUUGGGCCACAAAUUCAACGCACCAGUUAUUAAUCUGGUCCCAGCCAUGCUCUGGAGCAGUAUUAGCAAAUGGAUACACGUCCCUUCCACAUUCUCGUACAUACCAAACAUUCUUUUGGAAACAACAAGUGAUAUGAGUUUCACGCAACGUUUAAAAAACACCAUUACUGGAGUGUUGCAGCUGUAUGUAGAAAAUUAUUUGUAUUUACCUAGAAUGAAGGAGGUAAUGGAUACACACUUCACAUACAAAGGGUGGGAAUCCAGGCCUUCACUUGAAGAUAUGUUGAAUAAUGUGUCCUUAACACUAGUCAACGCUCAUCAUGCGGUUGGUGUAUCCAGACCAUAUCUUCCAGGUGUUAUUGAUGUAGGUGGUAUGCACAUCAAAGAGUCCAAGUCCCUGUCUGGGGAUCUUCAAACUUUCGUAGAUUCAGCAGAGCACGGAGUAGUUUAUUUCAGUUUUGGUUCUGUGAUUAACUUAAAUCACUUACCAAAAGAAAAAUUGAAUAUUUUUCUGGGCACUAUUGAAAAAUUAAAACAAAAAGUAAUACUAAAAUGGACACCAAAUGCUAGUGUAAAGUUACCUCAAAAUGUUAUGUCUGGUUCGUGGUUUCCUCAAAGUGAUAUUUUAGCUCACCCAAAUGUCAGACUUUUCAUAACUCACGGAGGAUUACAUAGUUUAGAGGAAACUGUUUAUCACGCAAAACCUGUAGUUGCUAUACCAUUUUUUGGUGAUCAGCAUUUAAACAUGAAAUUAGUAGAAAGAAAAGGCUAUGGUAAACUAGUAGAUUUUUUUAAAAUUACGGAAGAAUCAUUUGGGAAUGCCAUCAAUGAAGUAUUAUCGAAUCCAAAGUUUAAAAAGAAUGCGGAAAUCCAGAGUCGUGUCUACAGAGAUCAACCGAUGAAACCUUUAGACCGAGCUGUGUACUGGGUAGAAUACGUUAUUCGGAAUGGAGGAGCUGGACAUCUUCAAGGUGACUCCGUGGGAUUAAAUGAUAUGCAGUAUUUUUUGUUUGACAUAGUAUUUCUUUUACUAAUACCAAUUUUAUGUAUAAUUUGGUUAUCCUAUUUAUUUAUUGCAAAAAUUACAUCCAAACUAUAUUAAAAGACAACACUGCACAUAAU